AUGACUAGCAGCGAAGCUAGUGUCACAACCAAUCUCUUCUCAGCAGAUGAAGAAAUUGUUCCCGAUGAUCCCGAUGAUGUAUCUCAUUCGCCUCAGGAACGUGCUCAAUGGGACCACGUUAUCCACCGAGAUUCCACCCUCGAACUAGACCCAAGUCUCCUUGAAAGGGCCGCAUCGCUCCCAAUUCUCAUAGCCCCGGAAGACAACGACCUCGCAGAGAAUGAUGAUGCACCAUCCAGUCUGGUCGGACGGUCAGAUAGCGACGACAUGCCCCAGCCUUUCGACACCAGCACCAGAACCAACUUCUCGUCUAGCACCUGCGAGACAUUCGUCAAUGACUUUCUGUCCAAUUCCACGUUCACCAACUGUCAUGCUAUGUCCAUGCUCCUGCGCAAUUCCUACUCCUUCUUCAAAACCGUCCGCUCCGCCACGGCCACCUCGCACGUCCUAGACCUCUCCUGCAAUGUGGAUGUCGAUAAAUGCUCGUCGUAUAUGACCGACCUCGCCGGCCGUCUCCUGGAAAAGGAUGCCUGUCGCGAGGACUACAAGGACGGGAACUCUAUCGUGACCGACGCCUACACUAAUAUGGUUGCCUACGAGCCCAUCUACCGGGCCACCUGCCUCAAGAGUCCCAAUACAACCGACUACUGCUUCGUUGAUGCCGCCACCAACACCAACAACUCGGCCGACUACAACGUCUACUUCAUACCUUUUGACACCACCAUUACCACCGCCCCCUUUCCCACCUGCAACAAGUGUCUCCAAGCCUCCAUGGACGUCUUUGCCGAUUUUGCUCAGAAAGACGGCCAGUUCCUCGUCCGCUCUUACCUCCCCUCCGCCGAAGGCAUCAAUAGCAAAUGCGGGUCCGACUUUGCCAAUGUCAACAUCACCGUGGGCGAGGAUAAGCUGCUCACGUCGGCGGCGUCGUGGGCUGUCGGCCAUCCGGGUCCAUCUGUACCAUAUAUUGUUGCCUUGGGCAUGGCGAUUGUCUACCUUGGGUUGCUAUAA